CCGAAUAGUAGUCCAGGCGACGUACGUAGAGAAUAAAAGAUUGAACACCAUGCCUUUUGGCUUUACUCUUGAUUCUUAGCAAAGGUGGGUGACUUUACUGGCUGGACAAAUGGGUCAAAUUCGAUCAACUGCGAUUCGUCCCAGAGAAACGCCAAACUGUUGAGGACAAAUUUUUUCAGUACUCGAGAAGAUUUGACACAACUGCGAUUUUCGUUCAUGCAUGAGUAUUUUGAUGGAAGAUUCCAUAUAAUUUCUUAUUCGACUCACAGGCCAGACGAACAAAAACAGUAUAAGCUUUCCAUUUCUAUAUGAGGAACAUUUCAGUUUUGUGAAAUGCCAGUAACCUAGGCAAACCCGGUUGAUGUACUGCCCGGUACGAGGAUAGAACUGUCGUCGUUUACCUUUACGAAAAAUAAGGGGAAAAAGGCCACCAAGUUGAAGAAUUAAGGUGUCAAAAUCUCAAGAACGAGACUGAAGAAUGGCAGCUAGUUUGUCAGCGGAGGAAGAACAGGCUACCAAGGAGUUUCUGGAGGAAAUCAACAAGUGGACCACUCAGCAUGGAGUGUCCCCCCUGUCCUGGGAAGUGGCCGUCAAGUUCCUCAUGGCGCGCAAGUUCGACGUGCUCCGGGCCAUCGAGCUCUUCCACAGCUACAGGGAGACCCGUCUGAAAGAGGGCAUUGUCAAACUACAGCCACAGGAGGAACCUCUGCGCUCAGAACUGCUCAGUGGAAAGUUCACUGUGCUGAGUGUGCGAGACCCAUCAGGCGCCUCCAUAGCCUUGUACACGGCCAAACUCCACCACCCCAACAAGACAGGCAACCAUGUUGUCCUGCAAGCUCUUUUCUACCUCCUGGACCAGGCUGUGGAGAGCUUUGAAACUCAAAGAAACGGCCUGGUGUUCAUUUACGACAUGGCGGGCUCCAACUACACCAACUUUGAGCUGGACCUGAGCAAGAAGAUCCUCAACUUACUCAAGGGGGCGUUCCCUGCCAGGCUGAAGAAAGUGUUGAUAGUGGGUGCCCCUGUCUGGUUCCGCGUGCCCUACAACCUGCUGAGCCUGCUGCUUAAGGAGAAACUCAGGGAGCGGGUCCAGAUGGUCAGAAUGUCUGACCUCUGCCAGCACCUCCCACGGGACUGUCUCCCUGAGCACCUGGGGGGCCUGCUGCCCCUGGAUGCCCACGGCUGGAACCAGCAGCUUCUGGCUGGGCAGAACGGCCGUGUGGACCCCGUGGAUGAGCUGGUUGGCAUCCCCCUGGAGGACUCGUCGGUCCACAACCCUGGGCCUGAGGCCAUGCGUCUGCCUGAGUUCAUGGCCCACCUGGGCAGGCUCCAGCGCUCAGGCAUCCACCUGGAGUAUGAGGAAAUCCGCAAGGAGCAACCACCUGGGACAUUCCAUUGUGCCCUUACUGCAUACAACCAAGAGAGGAAUCGCUAUGGGGAUGUCCUGUGUCUUGACCAAACAAGAGUUCACCUGAAAACCAGAAGAAACGAGAGAUCAGAUUACAUCAAUGCCAGCUUCAUGGACGGCUACAAACAGAAGAAUGCGUACAUCGGUACUCAAGGACCACUGGAGAAAACCUAUGGGGAUUUCUGGAGGAUGGUCUGGGAGCAAAACGUGCUAGUCAUUGUCAUGACAACAAGAGCGGACGAGGGAGGUCGGAAGAAGUGUGGUCAGUACUGGCCUCUGGAGGAAGGUGGCCAGGAGGUGUAUGGUCACAUGGCUGUGGUCAACCAGAGGGUGGACAAUCACUCCCACUACAACCAGACCACCCUGGAGCUGCACAACAUGGAGAAUUGUGAGCAGAGGCAGGUGACCCACUUCCAGUACCUGAGCUGGCCCGACUACGGCGUCCCCACCUCGGCCGUGACGCUCAUUGACUUUCUGGGGGCUGUCAAGAGGCAGCAGAGGCGGUCAGUGAAGACCAUGGGGCCCCAGUGGAGGGGCCACCCCUUGGGACCCCCCAUGGUGGUUCACUGCAGUGCUGGCAUCGGCAGAACAGGUACUUUCUGUGCCCUGGACAUCUGUCUGUCCCAGCUGCAGGAUGUGGGGACGCUCAACGUGUGUCAGACGGUGCGGCGGAUGAGAACGCAGAGGGCCUUCACCAUCCAGACCCCAGACCAGUACUACUUCUGCCACAACGCCAUCCUGGAGCACGCUCAGAGACAGGGCCUGCUCUCAGCCAAUCAGUGAUGCCUGGGGGUCGCCUCAUAGUUCUCACGGCCAAUCUGUGAUGCCCUGGGUGUUGUCGUAGCCUAUCAGUGACCCUUCUCGCAGCCAAUCUGUGAAUCCAGGGGACACUUUGUAGCCAAUCAGCAUGCCCACUUCUAGCAAAUGCCAUCACUUCUUCCCUUUUUAAGAGGCCUUUAAGACCAACUCAUUCCUCCUUCUGACUCUGCCACUUCUGACAGAGCCACAGUUGUGAUGAAAAAUGUUAGAUAGUAAGACAUAAUAACAUACAAGACACAACAACCUGGCAACAAAUGUUGUCAGUUUUGUGUCUUCUGAGGAAGAUUUUGAAUCAUUAUGUGGCCGUUAUGUGUCUAUGCGAGUCUGUCGUUUAGUGUUGUGACACACAUCAUUCGCUUUGGUGUCUUGUGUGAUCCAGAUACUUAGCAGUAACCGAUGACAUGAACUUUGCGUUCAACUUCCUUUUUUAAGAACCUACCACAUCUGUGACCAGUUCAGUGGUCUUUGAGAAGGCCUUUUCUCUUGCUCUCUCCCUCUCUCCAUCCUCUACCUGUGAAAGCAGAGAAGAAUGGUAUUGUAGAAGAAAGUAAUAAUAAGAAUAGUUUUAUUUUUUUCAAUGGUCUUUUGCCUCUUGGUAUUGUCGUUGUGACCUUAGCGAUACAACUAUACUUGGCAUACAAGCAUUGAACCCCUCCUGGGACAUUGAAUCGAAUGGCUACAUGUAGAAGUUGCCCCUGAGAUGCAUGUGGUCUUCUCAUCUUACCCUACCCCAAUCCAAGCCUCAACCAUUGAGUUAAAAUGCAUAGAUGACCUUAAGUUCAACUUUAAGUAAUACUAAACACAUUAAUGUUUUUGUGAGCAGCUGAUAAAGUUGGUAUCUCAAUGCAUUUCCUGCAGAUCUAAUAAUUAAGAGCUGGCCUCCUGACAACACAUGAACCAUCUGCCUUCACUCUGUUAUUGUAAGUCAUUCACAUUGGCUGUUCAAACGUUCCUUGUGAAAAUCUUGUAGUGAUCGUGACAUUAAAUGUUUGGUCGCCGCUGCUUUCACUCAGUAGUUGUUCCGUAUGCUUCAGUUGUGUCGUACGUCUAUUGAGCCGCCUAUGCUGCGAUGGACCUGGUGUAGGAAGGCCAUAACCCUGCUUCCGCUUUAAGACACCAGUCCUAGACCUCACCUCAGUAAAGUGCAAUAGACUUUUAUACACAGCCAUGUUGAAGCACUUUGUGCUUUUAGAGAUUACAGUUCUUGUGUUGGUAAAGUGCAUUUAAAGUGAAAUUACAAUUAUAGGAGAUUGUAUACGUGUGAUAUACAGUGCCUUCAGAAAGUAUUCACACUUAUUUACUUGUUCCACAUUUUGUUACAGCCUGAAUUAAAUAGAUUUUUUUUCUCACCCAUCUACACACAAUACCUCCAUAAUGACAAAGUGAAAACCAUGUUUUUUUAUUACAUUUAUUGAACAUUUAAAUACAGAAAUUGAAUUUAUAUAAGUAUUCACACCCCUGAGUCAAUACUUUGUAGAAGCAUCUUUGGCGGUGAUUACAGCUUUAUGUUUUCUUGGGUAAGUUUAAGAGCUUUGCACACCUGGAUUUUACAAUCUUGGUAAGCAACUCCAGUGUAGAUUUGGCCUUAUAUUUUAGGUAAUUGUCUUGCUGAAAGGUGAAUUUGUCUACCAGUGUCUGUUGGAAAGCAGAGUGAACCAGGUUUUUCUCAAGGAUUUUGCUUAUAGCUGUAUUCUGUUUAUUUUUAGCUUAAACUCCCUAGUCCUUGCCAAUGACUAACAUACCCAUAACAUGAUGCAGCCACCGCCAUGCUUGAAAAUAUGAAGUGGUACUUGUUGAUGUUGGAUUUGCCCCAAACACAAAGUUUUGUAUUCAGGGAAAAAGUGCAUUUCUUUGCCACAUUACUUUAAGUGCCUUGUUGCAAACAAGGUGCAUGUUUUGGAAUUUGCGUCUCCUGUAUGGGCUUCCUUUUCACUCUGUCAUUAGGUUAGUAUUGGGAAAGGGGGAUACCUAGUCAGUUGUACAACUGAAAUGUGUCUUCAUUGUGGAGUAACUACAAUGUUCCAUUCUCAUAUUACAACCAUUAAAUUCUAACUGUUUUAAAACCACCUUUGGCCUCAUGGUCAAAUCCCUGAGCAUUUUCCUUCCUCUCCAGCAAUUGAAUUAGGAAGGACGCCUUUAUCUUUGUAAUGACUGGGUGUAUUGAUACACCGUCCAAAGCCUAAUUAAUAAUUUCACCAUGCUCAGAAGGAUAUUAAGUGUCUGCUUUUUAUAUUUUUACACAUCUACCAAUCAGUGCCCUUUGCAAAACAUUGAAAAACCUGCCUGGUCUUUGUGGUUGAAUCUGUGCUUGAAAUUCACUACUCAAUUGAAGGACCUUACAAUGUAUUAUCUGUAUGUGUGGGGUACAAAGAUGGGGUACUCAUUCAAAACUAAUGUUAACCACUAUUGAACACUGAAUGAUUCCAUGCAACUUGUGAUUUGUAGCACAUUUUACUCCUGAACUUAUUUAGGCUUGCCACAACAAAGGGGUUAAAUACUUAUUGACUCAAGACAUUUCAGCGUUUAAAUGUUUCCACAACCAAAAUUCCACUUUGACAUUUGGGUGUAGAUCAGUGACACAAAUCUUAAUUUAAUCAAAAAACUGUAGGCUGUAACAACAAAAUGUGGAAAAAGUAAAGGGGUGUGAACUCUCUGAAGGCACUGUAGGUACAAUAUAACUUGAUUACUGUUGAUUGGACAUUUGACCUUCAAAAGUAUUCAGACCCCUUUACUUUUUCCACAUUCUGUUAGCUUUAUUCUGAAAUAUAAAAACAAAAUUCAAACCUCAAUCUACACACAAUACCACAUUAUGACAAAGCAAAAACUGGAUUUUAGACCAUUUUUACAAAUGUUUUUUAAAUACCUUAUUUACAUAAGUAUUCAGAACCUUUGCUAUGAGUCUUGAAAAUGAGCUCAGGUGCAUCUUAUUUCCAUUGAUUUAUCCUUGAUGUUUCUACAACUGGGUUGGAUAUGAUUUGGUAAGGCACACACUUGUAUAAGGUCCCACAGUGGACAGUGCAUGUCAGAGCAAAAACGAAGCCAUGAGGUCAAAGGAAUUGUCCGUAGAGCUCUGAGACAGGAUUGUGUCGAGGCACAGAUCUAGGGAAAGGGUACCAAAACAUUUCUGCAGCAUUGAAGUUCCCCAAGAACAGUGGCCUCAUCAUUCUUAAAUUGAAGUUUGGAACCACGAAGACUCUUCCUAGAGCUGGCCGCCUAGCCAAACUGAGCAAUCCAGGAAGAAGGGCCUUGGUCAGGGAGGUGACCAAGAACCUUAUGGUCACUCUGACAGAGCUCCAGUGUUCUUCUGUGGAGAUGGGAGAACCUUCCAUCUCUGCAGAACUCUACCAAGCAGGCCUUUUAUGGUAGUGGGCAAGCCACUCCUCAGUAAAAAGGAGACAAGUCAGGAUCAAGAGAAAGAUGAAUGGAACAAAGUACAGAAGAUCCUUGAUGAAAACCUGCUCCAGAGUGUUUGGGGCCCAGUCUGAGGUCCCAAACGCUCUGGAGCAGGUUAAGGUUUACCUUGCAACAGGACAAAGACCCCAAGACAAUAAAGGAGUGGCUUCUGGACACUCUGAAUGUCCUUGAGUGGCCCAGCAAGAGCCUGGACUUGACCCGAUCGAACAUCUCUGGAGAGGCCUGGAAAUAGCUGUGCAGCGACACUCCCCAUCCAACCUGACAGAGCUUGAGAGGAUCUGCAGAAAAUAAUGGGAGAAACUCCCCAAAUGCAGGUGUGUCAUACCCAAGAAGACUCUGCUGUUGAAGCACCAUUGGCAGAGAUUACAAAGUAUUUAGUAAAGGGUCUGAAUACUUAAGUAAAUGUGAUAUUUCACUUUUUUAUAAAUUUGCAAAAAUGGCUAACCUGUUUUUGCUUUGUCACUGGUGUAUUGUGUUUAGAUUGAUUUAAUCAAAUUUAGAAUAAGGCUGUAACGUAACAAUGUGGAAAAAGUGAAGGGGUCUGAGUAGUUUCCGAAUAUAAUCCAUCUGAACCUGACAUCUUGUCAUGAUUACACGUCGAAUAUUACCGUUCCCAUUGCUGUACAGUGCCUGUGCAUCAUUAUAUGGCAUCUUAUAGUUGGAUGAAAUAAUGUGUUCUUUGCAACUGAAUUCAUAUUGAAUUUGCUUGAAGUGGAGCCUCAUAUAAGUCCGCCAUCCUCGUGCACUCUUAAUUAUUUUAGAAUUAUUACUUUCAAUGACGGACACAAAGUGUGACCAAUAUUAUUUUUCUAUUGUAUUCAACUUUUUCUUACAAGUAUUCAGACUUUAAAAGUAUCUACUUUAAAUUAUAUUCGCAGUUGUAACAUUACUUGUUAUUAGUAUGAUUGAGGACAACUGACUCAAACUAUGCUGUAUGAAAAGCCAACAUUUGUCAUCACAUGUGCAUUUGAAAUGGUUGUCUUAUUACCCAAUUUUUGUUUUGCCAAGUAUUAUGUUUUCCAAUCAAAGGAGAUUGGGAUAUGUCCAAUAACCUUUCAAAGGAAGACCAAAACAGUGUAUUCAGCAUAUUAAAUGAAAAAUUGUGAUUCCCAA